AUGGGAAUUUUUGGAGACAAGGGACAGGAAUGGAAGGUUUCCAUCAAGCCAACGAUAUAUAGCAGAGCAAGCCGAGUUCGAGACUAUCGAUCGCAUGCAUCUCGAUAUCGUGAGGGGGAUUCACACACGCAUGUAGAUCGACGCGAGCAGCAGACCAGCAGACCAGAGCCCUCGAGGCGGUGGGAAGCCACAGAGGAAGACGCGAUACAAUGGGCCAUUGACCCACAACUGGACUUGAGCCAUUGGGACCCUAGAAAUCAUCCAAUCGUGGCACUUGAUGCUGUUUUCGAUGCUUGGUCAUUCGGGCAGUGGAUUUACGACCAUGUUGUUGAUCACUACGGGGUCGACAAUGAUAUUUUGCCAAAGGCGGAAGUCCUCCGGAAUCGCCUCAUCAAUUUGUAUCACUACCAGAAGCAGGCUGAAUACGCUUUGAGAAAUGGCGCCUAUCCUGAUAAAGAGAGGCAACUUGGAACGUGUAUCACCCUUGGCACAAAUCGUAUCGAGCGGAUUGAAGAACUCAUCAGAGAUUCUGAAAGGGGAAUUCAAGAUAUCAUCAAUACGCCUAGAGGACAUGCAAAGUUUAUAAAGGCAAUUCUCGCAAUUAACACGGGGGGCGAGUCAUACUUCUUGAUGUUGAUGCAAAUGAUAAAAGAUUGGGAAAGGGACUACGAGAGUCAACUGCAGGGCAUCCUCACCGAAGCUAGACAUUGA